AGGUAGAACUAGAGGUGAUAGUCCGGCUCGUGUUGAUGGUAAUACUCAAUCAUUGAGAUACUGUGAUAGUGACGGUGGAGGCGGUGGUAGGGGAGGUGUGUCAGGAAGAAUUCAUCAAGGAGAAUUUUUUGGAAAACAGAAUUGA